ACAGGAGCAGGAGGCAGUGGAAAGCUCACGUGAUCAAACACCACCCUCAGAAAAGCAUCACAAAUCGAGGGCGGUCAAUCCAGCGGCUUAAACUGAGGACUAAAAAAAUUUUUACGAGCCACUCCCAUCUUUUCAGUCUUCUUAGCUUCUGAGCUUUUUCCCUACAAAUCUGGUCAACAGAGGUUCUACUCAAUCAUCAAUUUGUCUUUUUCAAGAUGGCUGCCCCCAUAGAUCGCUCCCAGAUGGGGCUAUUGGAAGUGGAGGAGAUUCGCUCCUUUGUGUGUCGCUGCGUAGAGACAGCAGGAGGUGCUCCCUCCCACGCUAGCUGUCUGGCUGAUGUGUUGCUGGCUGCAGAUACGAGGGGCCACUACAGCCACGGUCUCAAUAGGCUGGAGAUGUAUGUGUGGGAGCUACAGGCUGGACAGUGUGACGGGAAAGCCACACCCACUAUUAUCAAGGAAUCGCCUGGAACCGGACAUGUGGAUGGACAAAACGCCAUCGGAACUGUGGUUGGGACAUUUUGUAUGGAUCUAGCUAUCAAGAAAGCUAAGAAUGUUGGAAUUGGAUGGGUGUCUUGUAAAGGCUCAAAUCACUUUGGGAUUGCUGGUUAUUACUCACUGAUGGCCAUCAAAGAAGGCUUACUGGGUAUGGCAACUACCAACACAUCGCCAAUAGCGGUACCAACCAGAGCUAAAGAGGUGGCACUCGGUACUAAUGCAUUCACCUUUGGGGCACCUGCUGAUGACAACGACUCAUUUGUCCUGGACAUGGCCACCACCACUGCAGCUCUCGGAAAGGUGGAGAUGCAGCGUCGUAAGGAGGAGCCAAUGCCUAACUGUUGGGGGGUCGAUAGUGACGGGAAAGAAACCAAAGACCCGAACAAGGUCAUGGACGGCGGGGGGUUGCUGUAUCUGGGGGGCACUGAGGAGACUGGGGGUUACAAAGGUUACGGCCUAGGGAUGAUGGUUGAGAUCAUGGGGGGCAUUCUAGGAGGGGGGCCGUACGGAACGCACAUUCGCAAGUGGCAGAAAGAUGACAGAGUUGCUGAUCUGGGGCAGACAUUUGUUGCCAUAAAUCCUGAGAUGUUUGCUCCGGAUUUCACUGGGAGAAUGAGACAGUUCAUGCAAGAAAUGAGAGCUAUGGAGCCAGCUGACCCUGAUAAGCCAGUGCUUGUGGCUGGUGACCCGGAGAGAUGUUACGAGAAGAGAGUGACUGAGGAGGGCGGAGUCUGGUACCAUAGGAGCCUCAUCACAGCAAUGGACAAGCUUGCUGUUGAGCUGAAAGUAGAGCCAAUGAAACUAAAAAAUGCAUAAACUCGUGAACAAUAAAUACAUGCAGUGAUCUGGUGUAGAGGAAAGUUGUAGCUCUCACAAUUAGUUUUUUUUUUUGCUCUCUGUCUAUAAUUAUAUAUAUGCUCAG